AUGUCGUUUCAUAGUGUUGUACCCGACCUCUGCAGGGACCAGGGACACCGCCUGGCCAUCCAGCCCGCGAGGCCAGCGAGUGCUCAGCAGUGCAGCCUGACCUCAGCCUUACCGCAGGUACCCGACCUCUGCAGGGACCAGACACACCGCCUUGGCCAUCCAGCCCGCGAGGCCAGCGAGUGCUCAGCAGUGCAGCCUGACCUCAGCCUUACCGCAGGGACCAGGGACACCGCCUUGGCCAUCCAGCCCGCGAGGCCAGCGAGUGCUCAGCAGUGCAGCCUGACCUCAGCCUUACCGCAGGUACCCGACCUCUGUAGGGACCAGGGACACCGCCUUGGCCAUCCAGCCCGCGAGGCCAGCGAGUGCUCAGCAGUGCAGCCUGACCUCAGCCUUACCGCAGGGACCAGACACACCGCCUUGGCCAUCCAGCCCGCGAGGCCAGCGAGUGUUCAGCAGUGCAGCCUGACCUCAGCCUUACCGCAGGUGCCCGACCUCUGCAGGGACCAGACACACCGCCUUGGCCAUCCAGCCCGCGAGGCCAGCGAGUGCUCAGCAGUGCAGCCUGACCUCAGCCUUACCGCAGGGACCAGACACACCGCCUUGGCCAUCCAGCCCGCGAGGCCAGCGAGUGCUCAGCAGUGCAGCCUGACCUCAGCCUUACCGCAGGUACCCGACCUCUGCAGGGACCAGACACACCGCCUUGGCCAUCCAGCCCGCGAGGCCAGCGAGUGCUCAGCAGUGCAGCCUGACCUCAGCCUUACCGCAGGGACCAGACACACCGCCUUGGCCAUCCAGCCCGCGAGGCCAGCGAGUGCUCAGCAGUGCAGCCUGACCUCAGCCUUACCGCAGGUAGCCGACCUCUGCAGGGACCAGACACACCGCCUUGGCCACCCAGCCCGCGAGGCCAGCGAGUGCUCAGCAGUGCAGCCUGACCUCAGCCUUACCGCAGGGACCAGGGACACCGCCUUGGCCAUCCAGCCCGCGAGGCCAGCGAGUGCUCAGCAGUGCAGCCUGACCUCAGCCUUACCGCAGGUACCCGACCUCUGCAGGGACCAGACACACCGCCUUGGCCAUCCAGCCCGCGAGGCCAGCGAGUGCUCAGCAGUGCAGCCUGACCUCAGCCUUACCGCAGGGACCAGACACACCGCCUUGGCCAUCCAGCCCGCGAGGCCAGCGAGUGCUCAGCAGUGCAGCCUGACCUCAGCCUUACCGCAGGUACCCGACCUCUGCAGGGACCAGGGACACCGCCUGGCCAUCCAGCCCGCGAGGCCAGCGAGUGCUCAGCAGUGCAGCCUGACCUCAGCCUUACCACAGCCUUACCACAGGUACCCGACCUCUGCAGGGACCAGACACACCGCCUUGGCCAUCCAGCCCGCGAGGCCAGCGAGUGCUCAGCAGUGCAGCCUGACCUCAGCCUUACCGCAGGUACCCGACCUCUGCAGGGACCAGACACACCGCCUGGCCAUCCAGCCCGCGAGGCCAGCGAGUGCUCAGCAGUGCAGCCUGACCUCAGCCUUACCACAGGUACCCGACCUCUGCAGGGACCAGACACACCGCCUUGGCCAUCCAGCCCGCGAGGCCAGCGAGUGCUCAGCAGUGCAGCCUGACCUCAGCCUUACCGCAGGUGCCCGACCUCUGCAGGGACCAGACACACCGCCUUGGCCAUCCAGCCCGCGAGGCCAGCGAGUGCUCAGCAGUGCAGCCUGGCCUCAGCCUUACCGCAGGUACCCGACCUCUGCAGGGACCAGACACACCGCCUUGGCCAUCCAGCCCGCGAGGCCAGCGAGUGCUCAGCAGUGCAGCCUGACCUCAGCCUUACCACAGGUACCCGACCUCUGCAGGGACCAGGGACACCGCCUUGGCCAUCCAGCCCGCGAGGCCAGCGAGUGCUCAGCAGUGCAGCCUGACCUCAGCCUUACCGCAGGGACCAGACACACCGCCUUGGCCAUCCAGCCCGCGAGGCCAGCGAGUGCUCAGCAGUGCAGCCUGACCUCAGCCUUACCGCAGGUAGCCGACCUCUGCAGGGACCAGACACACCGCCUUGGCCACCCAGCCCGCGAGGCCAGCGAGUGCUCAGCAGUGCAGCCUGACCUCAGCCUUACCGCAGGGACCAGACACACCGCCUUGGCCAUCCAGCCCGCGAGUGCUCAGCAGUGCAGCCUGACCUCAGCCUUACCACAGGUACCCGACCUCUGCAGGGACCAGACACACCGCCUUGGCCAUCCAGCCCGCGAGGCCAGCGAGUGCUCAGCAGUGCAGCCUGACCUCAGCCUUACCGCAGGGACCAGGGACACCGCCUUGGCCAUCCAGCCCGCGAGGCCAGCGAGUGCUCAGCAGUGCAGCCUGACCUCAGCCUUACCGCAGGUAGCCGACCUCUGCAGGGACCAGGGACACCGCCUUGGCCAUCCAGCCCGCGAGGCCAGCGAGUGCUCAGCAGUGCAGCCUGACCUCAGCCUUACCGCAGGGACCAGACACACCGCCUUGGCCAUCCAGCCCGCGAGGCCAGCGAGUGCUCAGCAGUGCAGCCUGACCUCAGCCUUACCGCAGGUAGCCGACCUCUGCAGGGACCAGACACACCGCCUUGGCCAUCCAGCCCGCGAGGCCAGCGAGUGCUUAGCAGUGCAGCCCGACCUCAGCCUUACCGCAGGUAGCCGACCUCUGCAGGGACCAGACACACCGCCUGGCCAUCCAGCCAGCGAGGCCAGCAAGUGCAAAUGCGCCACAACGCCGCCCCUCGGCCAGCCUGCCACAGCAGCCGCCGAGGCGAAGCACACUCCGGCCGCCACAGGCACCACGAUGCCGCCCCUCGGCCAGCCUGCCACAGUAGCUGCCUAG